AUGGCUAUUAAAGCUUGGACAUCUCCUGGAGGCCUCAAGGAUCUCAAAAAAAUCAUCAGCAGCCAGGUGCCAUGGCCAGCCGGCCCUCAUGAUUGGCAAGUUAUGGCUACCAUGUGCACCCUCGAUGGGCUCAAUCAGUUGGUUGUCACUGCAUGCAGUGACAGCAAAACUGCCACUGCAUACCUCCCACUUCUAGUACUAGAGGCACUUGCCGCCAACAGAUCACUCCCCCAGUAUGGCAGCAGAGUGCCAGAAUGGCCUAUUGUGCUAAUGGUAACCCCUCUAAGUGAUUUGGGGCAUAGUCAGGUGGAUGAGAUGAGUCGGCUUGGUAUUGCGGCCAUGGCACUCAAUGUUGAGAUAAUCAACACUGCCUCCCUCAAAAACCAGGAUCUGCUCAGAAAGGCAGAGGCAUUGAUCAUCAUCGCCACUGUCAAAUUCGGAAUGAGUGUUGAUGUCCACAAUGUCAAAAUCUCGAUCAAUCUAGGCUUUUCUGAAUCAGCAGAAGCAAUUCUCCAGCAGAAUGGGAGGGCUGGCAUGGAUCCCAAUACUGAUGCUUAUGGUAUUACAUAUAUUGAAACCUCCAUUGUUGCAUCAAUCACUGCAGAGGAUCGCAACACAGUACGCAAGAACAAAUUGUCAAACCGUGAGGGUGGUCUUCUCGGCGCCAACAAGAGUAAGGGAUCAUCCAAGAAAGCAGUUACAGGAGCAGAGGGCAAAAGCAAGCUUUCUGGGAUGCUCAAAAGACUACACGCCGACACAACCCUCUCAUCCGCUGAGGUUGGUGCCCCAUUGAGCAUCCCUAAGGACUCACCUGUUCAGGAAGAAUUCCUUGUAUUACAUAUAAAGCUUACGAGGGAGAUGAGGGAACAUGCAAUCAGCAGUAUCAACAAUUUUCAACAACAACACUGGCCACUUCACAAGACCGCCAAGGCAAUGAAUAGGCAGUUCAAUGAGGAGCAUGCUAGAAGGAAGAAGGAGAGUGCUGCAAAGGGCGCAAAGACACGAGUGGUGAAUGCAGCACGUAGGCUCAAAGAACUGGCAUCAUCUGAAAACCACCCCUUUGUAUUAAGCUCUAAUUAG